CUGCUUUUCAUAUCUCUUCUCGACCCCUAAACACCUCGUGUGAAGCCUACUAUCAUUCAAGGUGUCCAUGCGAUAUUAAUUAUGAGCUUAGUUGAACCAGACGAGCCGGCAAAAAGGGUCGAAAGCGGUCGGCACCGCAAGGCUCUCAGCCUUGGACAUGCUUUCCUACUCAAGAUCCUCGGGAGCAGAAUAUUUGCUCCUUGGAAGGGUCAGCCAACUGGUGCACCACAAACUGUGAAUGAGCCGGAGUGUGAUCUUUUUCCCGCGCGGCGUUCUCGAAUCUUGGAUAAAAUGAAAACGCUGGAGGAGAAGAAGAAAGAUGCUAGAAUGGAGCGUUUGCGCGAUGACAUCAAAGGUCUUCAAAGGAACAUAAGAGGCGAAACCCGAGACUUCUGCAAACUUCAAUGCACCACAUUGGUGGCAAGAUUCCACGCUUCUCUUCCUCUCGAGUUACGGUACAUGGUGUACGACUAUUUAAUUUCGGAUUUUCGAUCCGAAAUUGGAGUAAAAGAGAACGACGCGCUGUAUUACCGCCAUGAAAAAUUCAACAAAGUUGCUUGGGGUGACCCUUGGGGCUUCAUCUUCCGUCCCAAUUGGGUGGGUCAGGACGUUGCCAAAGAAGCCGCCUCGUACUUCUAUUCAACUACACUUCUCCGGCUCUACUACACCACCCAGAUAGAGCAUUUUCUGAUCAAUCGGUAUGAUAUAUUUUUCUUAGGCCUCGAUCCAAAGGCCGUGAUUCGCAGGCUGGAGAUCUAUAUCCACUACAACAGGAAGGCGAAAGACGGUUACCAUAGCUCUGGCGCGAUGAACCUCUAUGUCGAAGAUGAGAUAUCGGAGCUUCGAACGGAACAGCUGAAGAGUCUCGAAGCGCUGCUUGAAGUCACUCAUGUCAAGGGAUUCAGGUUGCUUCUCCUUGUGAAGGCCCUUCGAUGGGAUAUCAAUUCUCGUAUCAACGCGCUCCACUUAAUCGAGGCAGUGGCGCCAACCCUAUUUCGAUUAAAAGAUGCCGGAGUAGAGAUUUCAAUGAUGCAGGCCUACGGACAACCGUCGGAUACUGAGGACUGCUUUGCAGGGUGGCUUAAUGGGACGCAGUUGGACUUUGAGAGAAGGAUGUCUGAGAGACGAGAUGAACUAAGCCCAAAGCCGUUGACAGUAGAUGACGUCCUACAAGACUCUACCGCGAUUCGGUAGUCCCUCCAUUGUCGCUUCUUCGGC